AUGGCAGUGCCAAAUAUGCUGUUCUCUGACGUGGAAACUUUUCUAGACUCGCAUCCCGAGUUAUUUGAGGACUACCUAAACAGAAAGGGGAACUAUAGCAUGGUGGAGAAAUGGCUCAAGAAUCACCAGGCGUGCAAAAGUCCGGCGGCUGCAGCUCCCGCCGAGCCGAGAGAGGAGAAGAGCAGCGCGUGCAAGGACAGCUGGGCGAGCAAAUGUGACGGUCUGCAGAGGAGAGCCUCGCAAAGGGAGCUGCGCAAAACUUUCGCCAGAUCAAAGGCCAUCAAUGCCAACAGGACAUAUGACGAACAUGUGAACUCCAGGGCCCAGGAGCCCCUGACCAGCAUGAGGAGGAGAGCUCUGCUGAGGAAAGCGAGCUCAUUGCCCCCGACCACUGCGCACAUACUGAGCGCACUGCUGGAGUCCAGAGUCAACAUCCCCCAGUACCCGUCCACGGCAGUGGAUUUUAAAUAUUACCUCAAAGAACACAACGAAAGAGCCUUUUUCCUGGAGCUUGUAAAAGACAUAUCUAACGACUUGGAUCUAACGAGUCUCAGCUACAAAAUCCUUGUGUUUGUUUGUAUAAUGGUCGAUGCAGACCGGUGCUCCUUGUUUUUAGUGGAGGGAACCGGCAACAAGAAGACACUAGUGUCCAAAUUCUUUGAUGUGCACGCGGGCACUACAGUUUUACCUUCAAUGAAUUCAGAUGAAGUUCAAGUGCCGUGGGGUAAAGGCAUCAUUGGAUAUGUGGCUGAACACGGAGAGACAGUGAACAUUCCUGACGCUUAUCAGGACCGUCGCUUCAGUGAUGAAAUUGACAAGCUGACAGGGUACAAAACCAAGUCGCUCCUGUGCAUGCCCAUUCGCAACAGUGAUGGGGAGAUCAUUGGAGUUGCUCAGGGCAUCAACAAGUCUUCAAGUGGAGAACUCUUCAAUGAAGACGAUGAAAAGGUGCUGCAAAUGUACCUUCCUUUCUGUGGUAUUGCGAUCUCCAACGCCCAACUCUUCGCCGCCUCAAGGAAGGAGUACGACAGGAGUCGGGCACUCUUGGAGGUAGUCAAUGACCUGUUUGAGGAGCAGACUGACCUGGAGAAGAUUGUCAGGAAGAUCAUGCACCGUGCCCAGACAUUACUAAAGUGCGAGCGCUGCUCUGUUCAGUUGCUGGAGGACAUUGAGUCACCGGUGGUGAAGUUCACCAAGUCGUUUGAGCUUCUGUCCCCUAAGUGUAGUGCAGACACUGAAAGCAGUUUCAAAGACAGUAUGGAGAAAUCAUCCUACUCAGACUGGCUCAUCAACAACAGCAUCGCGGAGCUGGUUGCAUCCACAGGAUUGCCUGUGAACAUCAGUGAUGCCUAUCAGGAUCCUCGCUUUGAUGCUGAGGCGGACCAGUUCUCGGACUUCCACAUCCGCUCUGUUCUUUGUGUUCCCAUCUGGAACAGCAACCACCAAAUCAUCGGUGUCGCCCAAGUGCUGAACAGGCUGGAUGGGAAACCGUUCGAUGAUGCAGACCAACGUCUAUUUGAGGCAUUUGUGAUAUUUUGCGGGCUUGGCAUCAACAACACCAUCAUGUACGACCAGGUGAAGAAGUCCUGGGCCAAGCAGUCUGUGGCUUUGGAUGUUCUGUCAUACCAUGCCACCUGUUCCAAGACUGAAGUUGACAAAUUCAAGGCGGCUAACAUCCCCCAAGUCUGCGAGUUCGGUAUCGAUAAGCUCUCCUUUGACGAUUUCUCCUUGGACGUUGACGCUAUGAUAACGGCUGCUCUGAGGAUGUUUAUGGAGUUGGGAAUGGUGCAGAAAUUUAAGAUUGACUACGAGACGCUGUGCAGAUGGCUGCUGACUGUCAGGAAAAACUACAGAAUGGUUCUCUACCACAACUGGAGACAUGCCUUCAAUGUCUGCCAGUGCAUGUUUGCCAUGCUAACGACGGCGGGUUUCCAGGAGACUCUGACGGAGGUGGAGAUCUUAGCGCUUAUUGUAGGCUGUGUGUGCCAUGACUUGGACCACAGGGGCACAAACAACGCUUUUCAGGCCAAGACGGGCUCAGCACUUGCUCUGCUUUAUGGGACCUCUGCUACGCUGGAGCACCACCACUUCAACCAUGCUGUUAUGAUCCUGCAGAGCGAGGGUCACAAUAUCUUCUCCAACCUCUCGUCCACAGAGUACAGCGACCUCAUGCAGCUGUUGAAACAGUCCAUUCUGGCCACAGACCUCACGCUUUACUUCGAGAACAGAAACACGUUCUUUGAGAUGGUCAGCAAUGGAGAGUAUAACUGGAAUGUGAAGGGUCACAGAGACAUGUGCAGAUCCAUGAUGAUGACAGCGUGUGAUCUUGGCGCUGUCACUAAACCUUGGGACAUAUCACGCAAGGUGGCCGAGUUGGUGACCAGCGAGUUCUUCGAGCAGGGCGACAGAGAGAGAUCAGAGCUGAAGCUCACGCCCUCGGCCAUCUUUGAUCGAAACAGGAAGGAUGAGUUACCCGGGCUGCAGCUGGAGUGGAUUGAUGGAAUCUGCUCGCCGCUGUACGAGACCCUGGUCAAAUUGAAUCCCAAACUUCAGCCGAUGCUUGACAUGAUCAAAGCUAACAGGGCCAAAUGGGAGGAACUGAACAAGAAGAGACAGCACGGCCAGAGCGUCUCUGCACCCCCAAGCCCCUGCAGUGGCGACAGCACAGAUAAAAGCGGCUGCAGUGUGGCCAAAACAGGCAGCACACCAUGCUGCAGUAGUGAUGCUGAUGGCAAACCAUCCAAACCUGUUAGUUAGCUUCUGAUGCUACCAACCAGCUGAUCUCAUUAGCUUCUUUCCUCUUAAGUGCGGCCUGCAACAGAGGCAGUGCGGUGCAUGCAGAGGCUCGUGGGCUCUGCUCCUCUUCGCUUUUGCUUCGAGAGAUGAGCUUUAAACUUGAGUGUGGCGCUAUAAUAGGGGUUUUCUGCUUCCUUCAGUCUUCCAGUGCUGAAGGCUGACAAAGCUGAGUUUGACAAACCUGUUGGAGCAGCUACAAACUAGCUGAUGACACCUUGUCAGAAAGGAAACUCAAACCACUGUGUCAACAUGUCAACCAGUGAGCUAACACUAACGUUACUGGGCAUUGCACACAUUUUCAGUACAAAGGCAUGGAGUAUAUUGGAGAGGAAUGUUUGUCUCUUUUGUGGUUUGUUUUUGCUCUCAGUACCUCCUUGUUGCCUGCAUUUUGUCCGGGGUAACAGAGUUAUUUUUUGUAAAUCUGUACAUAGGCUGUUGAGUUAUUUCAAAGUGCUGUUUAAAAAAACUAUGUAAGCUCUGGAUUGUUAUGUGGCUGUAAAGUUUCGAAGGAUAAAGGGGUGCAGGAACAGCAGGACCUUUAACAGUGCGUGCAAUGCAAAUUGAGUGCUCCUCUCCCUCCCUUCCUGUGCCUUGUUUUGAGAACCUAAUGAAAAAAAUGCAUGGCCUCCUCACUGAGAUUCUAAGAUAGUAUGGAAAUCCAUGUUAAACCAUGACAUAUUUUUGCCAUAAUUUGUAAAAACCAAUGACUGCAGUUAUCUCUUGACCCCAUAAAAGCCACAAAGCAUUACCAUAAAGUACAGAAAGAAAACUAUUUUGCCCAACUUUAUAAAUGCAGGGUCUCACUUGUCACACACACUAACACACACAAUGUGCCUUGAAGUUAUUAUGAUACCAUAUUAAUUUAUAGGUUUAACAUGACCUUUUCACCAAACUACAUAGAAAAACAGCUUGACAUGUUAAGAAAUAAAAAGUACUUCCUUUCUGGCAGAAAGUUAGACAAUAUUCAUGAUCUCAUACCUUUUUUGCUAGCGAAUAGUUAGCUUAGCUUCUCAUUAAGACUGUUAACAAAGAAACAUGACGAUUUCAGCACCCCAUAAAUGUGAAAUAUUUUGUUUGCUAAUCUUUACAAAACCAAAGUUUGAUGUUGUACGAGCGUUUAUGUUAUGGGCUAUUUACGACUGUUUUCCUUAAUGCACAAUGCAGACAAUGAGUUGUGUGCGCCACUACUAAACAAAUCAUGCAAUCGACGGAUGAAUUCUUAAAUGUAUUUGCCAGGAGAAAAACAACAGAAGCACAUGCUAGAGUGGAUUACGUCAAGGCAGAUUCAUCAAACAUGAGUCUGGAAAAUUUGAUACACAGCUAUUUCUAGCUAGUAGCUGCCUGCCAGCUGAAGCUAACGUUAGCGCGAGGCAAGGAGUAGUUCGCUUCAGCUCACGAUGCGGAAUUUAAAGAUUAUAACAUCAGACAAUCCUCUUCUUCACCAUCCUCCAUAUUGUCUUUGUUAUACUUUUUGCAAGAGAAAAUAUCUCUACCACAUUAGCAACUAGCAUCCACAAAGCUGGAAUUAGCAUUGUGUGAUUGUUGGCACCACACCAUUCACUCUCCUUAGUUUCUGACAGACUUAUUGUGUUCCAAUUAAUACAUUUGACACUCCUACACUAGAAAUGAGUGGUUUGUUCUGUCUUUAUGCAAAGCUAAGCUAAGAGGAGGCAGGCUGUAGUUUCAUCAAUGAAAAAUAAUAAUUCUAGUAUUCUCUCGUCUUACUUUAUGCCAGAAAGUAAUUCAACUAUUUCCUAAAAUGUCAGACUCUUGCUUUAAUCAAAGUUUUUUGCUGUCCUCAAAGCUCACAAAUGUUACUUCAACAGCUCCAAAACAAGACAAGACGUAAACACUGAUACUUGUGCUACUGAAGUGCCCAUGUGGUCACAGACUAUUAUUUUGAUAUAGUUAAUCUAGGUAUUAUUUUAUUGGGUGGGUAUGCCUUAUGAAUUGUGUUGAAGCUUUGUUAAUUGGAGUUAAAAACGUGACUGUGCACAUUGUGUGGCAUGGAUCUGUGUGCUCUGCUGUGUUUUAGUCAAAGAGCUGAACUGAAGUCGACCAGAGACAUUUUGAAUUGCAUGUUUUAUGCAGUAUUGAAUCCAAACACUUGCUAAGGAUGUAGCAAAACAUGUGAGCCAACAAAUACCUCGUAUUUUGAACUUCCUCAGUAAACACGUUACGUCAUCUGAAAUGCAUGAUUUAAAUUCUAUUGCAUCAUGUUACGUGAAUUAUGAAUAUUGCUGUUCUAUUUUUCUAUUAGGUCACCAGCUGAGGCCAACUUCUAAUUGUCUAUUUUGCAAUGUAAUGUGCUUCUUGUAUUUCUCCUGUCCUCUCCCAGUUUGGACUCUUAGAUUUAUUUAUGAUGGGAUAGACCGAAAGAACCCAAAGGCAUGAAAAGGCAAAUGUGCGAUGUUUCUGUUGGAGUUUGAAUAAAAAUAUGCUGCUAUA